AUGUUAGAUGGAUUCUCGUUUAGUGCUAUGGGAUACAUAGUAUCUAGACGAGAAGAACAUCUGCAAAACAUUGAUAAUGAUAUUAAGAAAUGGAAAGACAAGUUAAGUAACACCACGAGUCCAGAAACCUUUAACACUAUAGUUAAAGAAAUAACCAAAAAAGUUGAAAAAGUAGAAAAAGAUGUCAUAGAGAUUAAGAAAAAGAAAUAUCUAAGAGACAUAAAUGACUACAAAACCGGGAACGUAAGAAAUAAUUAUAAAGAUAACAGAACUCAGAAACCACUUUUUAAACAGACUAAUUACAACAGAGAAAGACAGAGACAGAACUUUUAUGAACCACGACAUAAUUUUAGAAUUAAAGAUUUUAAUACACAAAUAAUUAAUAACAGAAAUAGGGAUUUCGGAGAAGAGAGACCUAGAGACCCUAGAACGGAGAGACCAAUAAGGAACAAUCAAUAUGAUCAUAGAACAUACAGUGAAGUG